AUGUUCUUUUCUAAAAGCGGCCUCCGUCUCGUCUUCAUCCCUUUCUCCGUACUUCACGUUUGCCUGGCGGCCCAAACCAAUUACGCCCCGUAUUUUUUUGACAACGGAGCCGGAAGCAGCAAUGGAAACAUGGCCCUGCUGAGCGUUUCGGAAGACACACCAGUAGGUUCUUAUAUCUAUACCCUAAAUGGAAGCGACCCGGAGGGUUAUCCGGUGACCUAUGGCCUGACGUUUGAACCUGGAAUGAAACGUUACUUUGCCGUGGACCCUCUUAACGGAAAUGUCACGUUAAUUGAAGAACUAGACAGAGAGAAACGGGAUGAGAUCGAAGUAUUUGUUAGCAUAUCCGAUGGUCUAAACAAGGUGGCUGAGAGGGUCCGGAUAUUGAUAACGGACGCCAACGACGAGAGCCCAGAGUUCCUUCACACACCAUAUAUUGUGACGGUGCCCGAGGAUGCCCCGCCGGGAAGCAGUAUUUUUCAGAUCGAGGCAGUCGAUAGAGACAACGGAUCUGGCGGGAGUAUUACAUAUUCGAUACAGAAUACGCACAACAGUAAAUUUUCCAUAGAUCGUCACAGCGGUGUUCUGAGGAUAAAGGAAGGAAUGCCAUUAGAUUUUGAGAAAUCAAGGACUCAUUUUGUCAUAGUGUUGGCUAAGGAUGGAGGAGGGAAACUUCAUGGCAAACACCAGAUCUUUUCGUCGACUACCACCGUGACGGUCAACGUUGCAGAUGUCCAAGAUUCCCCCCCAGUAUUUGUAGGAACCCCGUACUAUGGUUACGUAUAUGAAGACACUACUUUGGGAUCUGAAAUAUUUACCGUUAUAGCAUAUGAUGGAGACAGAGGAAGCCCCAACACUAUCUGUUAUUAUCUCCUAGACGGAAGCGAUGGAGCUUUCGCAAUCAACAAUUCCACUGGAGUGAUAACAGUGAUAAAAAAUCCGAAUGAACUCAAGAAAGAGGUCUAUGAGCUGAAGGUCCAGGUUUCAGAAUUGAACGCGGAAGAGGAAGUGGUGGGUCGUGCUUUUACGGUGGUCACCAUAAGAGUAGUUGACCUCAACAACCACCCUCCCACCUUCUAUGGCGAAAAUGGACCCCAAAAUCAAUUUGAACUGACCAUGUAUGAGCAUCCGCCAGAGGGAGAGAUCCUAAGAGGACUUAAAAUUACCGUCAAUGAUUCAGAUCAGGGCGCCAAUGCAAAAUUUAAUCUACGUUUGGUUGGACCCGGUGGUAUUUUACGCGUGGUACCCCAAACCGUCCUGAACGAGGCUCAAGUCACAAUAAUUGUGGAGAAUUCUGCUGGAAUAGACUACGAGAAAUACCAUUUCCUUGUUUUUAAGCUCCUAGCCAUAGAAGUCAAUACGCCUGAAAAGUUCAGCUCCACGGCGGAGAUAACCAUCCAUCUUCUGGACAUCAAUGACAACGUCCCAAAGUUCUCUUCGGAAUACUAUAUUGCCAGAAUCCCAGAGAACUCUCCCGGAGGCUCCAACGUAGUAGCCGUGACCGCAACUGACUUGGAUUCCGGAAUCUGGGGUGAAAUAAAGUACUCAAUAUACGGAGCUGGAUCUGAUCCGUUUCUUAUCCACCCGUCAACAGGAAUCAUUUACACACAGCCCUGGGCGUCUCUCGAUGCUGAAGUCAACUCAAAGUACAACUUUUACGUCAAAGCCGAGGAUACGGAAGGGAAGUAUAGUCUGGCAGAGGUGUUCGUCACGGUAUUGGACAUCAAUGACCACUGUCCGGAAUUUAAUGAAAAUAUUCAGGAGAGAACGAUGGUCAUUGGGACCCCAGUAAAAGUAGAGGCAACCGACCAGGAUGCAGAUGAACCCAACAAUAUUGUGGACUAUUUCAUCAUGCAAGCGGACCCAGCUAAUGUUUUUGACAUCGAUCAAAACACUGGGGAGAUUAACCUGAAAUCAUAUAUCAGGUCUCUGGACAUCAUUGAGAACAUUACGCACAACAAGGACUGCAAGUGGUCAGUGGUGGUCCAAGCCAAAGACAGAGGGUCUCCGUCUUUCAGCACGACGGCUGUGGUCAAAAUUGACGUUACAGAGGAGACUCUUCUUCACAAAGGGCCCAUGGCUGCCUUUUUGAUGCAAAGUAAAGAUAACCCAAUGAAAGCGUUAGGGGUUCUUGCUGGCGUAAUGGCCAUCAUGGUGGUCAUCACUAUCUUCAUCUCCACCGCCAUGUUCUGGCGCAAUAAAAAGUCUAACAGAGUCAUGCCUCUGAGGAGAAUAAUCAGGCGGAGGAGAACAGACCACCCUCCGAGGAAUGUCCGGAGAGAGUGGCUGAAAUUCAAGAGAUCCAACAACUCUCCUGAUAAGUUCGCCCUUGAGGAAAUGGAAGAAAACGAAAACGGGAACAAUAACAGCCAAGGCUCCAUGCUCACCCCGAGCGCACCUUCUCCUCCUCCACCUCCGCGCCUACUGCCCAAGGCCAACAAGACUGAAUGGAGCCUGCCUACCAUUUCAGGAUCGUUGACGCCAAAGAUCAUAGAUCAGCAAAUGAAAGACAAAGUCCCCACCGGUCUGGUCUCAGAACUCAAACAGAUGCUGGAGAAGAAAAACGCGGGGUCCUCCAUGUCGUUCUAUUAGUCCGGGAAACGCUUUUCAUACGGGAUGCGCGCCUGCGCGAGGGUCACCCAGUCCAUAAGGCAUGCCAUAUAAACUUUUUGGAAAAUCGGCUUUCAAGCGUGGCCAGGAGGGGGCGCAAUUACACCAAACCCAAUUUGUUGAUGGCUUAAAAUGGCUAAAAAUAUUUUAUUGUAUAAAAAAUACAAAAAACUUAGUAAUUUUGUUUAUUAUAUACUGUGUGAGCCUUAAAAGAAAGAUAAA